AUGGCCAGCGGCAACGCGUCCACCGUCUACCUCUCCGUCGUCGAGGAAGUCCUCGCCAAAGUUCGUAAGGAGUUCAUCACCUCCGGCGUUGGCGACGCCGUCCUCAACGAGCUCCAGUCUCUCUGGGAGACGAAGUUGCUGCACUGUGGCGCAAUCUCAGGGAACACCGACCGCAACAGGGCUCCCCCCGCGUCCGCUUCACCCGUGCGCGACCUCAACGUGCCCUACGAGGCCACGUCCGAGGAGUACGCCACCCCAACCGCCGACAUGCUCUUCCCACCGACGCCGCUGCAGACACCGAUCCAGACACCGCUUGAAGCUGGGAUCGAUACGGGGCCGUUGGACUAUGCCCCAUCGCCGAUCAGUGCCAUGAGAAACGGGAUGGGGAUGAUGAACGGGGCUGAUCCAGAGACUGGCCGCCCAAGCCCUUUCAUGCAACCUCCGUCGCCCUGGAUGAAUCAGAGACCACUGGGGCUUGAUGUCAACCUUGCUUUUGCUUAUGAUGAGGAGAUCCGGAUGAUGAUGCAACCCCAGCCACUGACGACCAAGGAUUUUCUCAUGAUGUCUUGUGGAAAACGGAAGAGGGAUGAAUAUCCUUCAGCCGGUUCAUUUGUGCCACAACAGGAUGGAUGUGCAGACCAGGUUGCGGUUCAUUAUGAUGCAACCCCAGACUACAAUACCCCUGGGGAAUCUUCGGAAUAUCAAACUCCCACACCUGCUGUUGCAACACCAAAGCCAAGAAACGAUACAGCGGGUGGUGAAGAUGAUGAUGAACCUCCUCUUAAUGAAGAUGAUGACGACGAUGACGACAUAGAUGAUGACUUUGUUGAGACGCAGCACCUUGUCCUCGCACAAUUUGACAAGAUAACAAGGACAAAGAAUCGCUGGAAGUGCACUUUGAAGGAUGGAAUCAUGCAUUUGAACGGCAGAGAUGUUCUAUUCAACAAGGCUUCAAGAGAGUUUGAUUUUUGA